AUGAACGCUGACAGUGAGUACCACAAUGCUAAGAACUGUGAGAAUGCAUACUGGCAGCAUCCACUAGAGCACGGGACGAAAGACCAACCACCAAGGGAGAUGACCAGGCGCAAAGAAAGAGUUAUAUGCAGACUCAUGACGCAAGCGAUAUACUUUGCGAACGCAUGGAGUGACGCAGCACGGAAAAACGCAGAGGACAACGAGGGGAAGGAUAAGGAAAUAAAGGGCAUAAUGAGAUGCACGAUUGUGGACGUAUAUAACGAGAUACUGAGGACAUAUGGAUGCGAGGGUUGGUGGGGCACAUAUUAUGCAUGGUACACAACAAACAUAAUGGGGAGUGCGUUACGGGACACAUUGGGGGAACAGCAUUGUAAGCGGGGUAUGUACAAGGAUAUCAAAUUAGGGCACUGGCCCAUGAGGCAGCAGAUGAAGACAUGGUUACAGAAGAAUGCACAGAUGCAGAAGAAACUUGAUGACGAGAAAAUACACGAUGGCUGUAAGGGAGGAACCGUAAAGACCAGGGAACAACUGCAAAAGGCCGGAGUUAUAAAGCACCAAGAGGCUCAACAGAACAGGGAUGACGCAAUGAAACACACAGUGAAGCAGCACGCACAAGAAAUUUUGACUGCCAUGAAGACAGACAUGCAGCCGCAGCAGAUCAAAUUACCGGCGUCAAAUGGGGCGGCACCCCCGGAUCCUUCUGUGGACGACGCAGAAGACCCAAAGGAUGCCGCGAUAGAGAAUGAAAUGAAACAAGCUGUCACGACAGUGAAAGUCGCAUUAGACGCACAGAUAAAGAAGAAUGCUCAUGCACAAGCAGCCGGCGCCAAUGCAGCAACCACACCAUCAAAGGCCACGUCAAGCGCAGCGAAACCGGCGGCGACGACAUCGGCAACCACAAAACCGGUAGAAGCAGCAUCCGCAGGAAGAUCAGAGGAAGCUGGGGCCCCACCUCCGCCACCACCAGCACCCGUAUCACCCCAGGCAGAACCCGCAGGAGGAUCCACAGGACAAGGACCUGGACAACAACCCCCACCUCCACCUCCGGCGAGUGCUUCUGAGGGCACCCAGGCGGGGAAGAAUGCAGACAAAGCAGGUAAGUGCUCAAAGGCAUCACAGACUUAUACAGUCAAGAAUGCAGGCGACGGUGUCCCUGGUGCCACAUCCAGCACCGCUGUCUCAUUUGCACCUAGCUCGGGGGAUAAUGGUGACUGUGACAACAAGUCCAACGACGCGGGACCAGGUAACGACGCUACAGGACAUACAAGUACCACGGACCCCCAGGUACCAGCAGAACCCGCACCGGCGCAACCAGCAGCAACAACAGCAUCCAGUGGCGCAGAAGGUGGACCAUCUGCUGGUCGUGCACCUGCUGUCGGGGCUGACGGGAAUAAGGUGCAGACCACAGUGGUGGAUACUUCCUAUGUGGGAAACAGUGGUGAUAGCGAUCCCGCAGAUCCCCCUGAUUCCCAAGGUAAUUCCGCAAAGGACACUACAGUUGAUACUGCUACAACUGUCAGUAAUGGCACAGGUAAGAACGAUGAUGAAUUCGGCAUCCCUUCAACUGAUAUACCAGGUCUCAUGAGUGCACCGUGCUAUAAGAGUGGCAACAACUGUUCCCCUGGUAUGGAUAACAGUGAUAUCAAUGUUCCGGGUGGUGUGCCCGGAAUGAAAUCUCCCUAUAAUAACUACAACGGGGGCGACUUUAAACUAGACAUGACGAAUCUAACAGGACUAAACACUGUAUCCGGGUCAUUCGCACCACCAACAUUAGAAAAAAAGAAAUACGGCUUAUGGGAUGGAACUAAGGUUCCACCUAAAAGUGAUGGCCCCCUGGCCCCCGACUUAACCGCCGACAUCCUUACCGCCACUACUCCCGUGCUGUUUUUUCUCGCUUCCGUCACCGUCGCCCUUCUUGGUUAUUCCAUUUGGAAGUAUUUUGCGUACCUCGGACAAAAACGACGACGAACGUAUCGAAUCGUUCGUGACGUUCCGUCACCGCCACUCGACGAAGAAAUUCUACAGCAUCUACAACGUGGCCACCUGCCGCCACCCGAUUACGGGUACACGAUGAUUAGGGAUAGGCAGCCCGGCAGAUUGCCCGCCGCCCCACGCCGCGGACAACGCCCACCCCGCGUGCAUAAGCGCACCAUCAUCGACCUACAUCUAGAAGUGCUCAACGAAUGUGAAGUGGCCGAAUGGGAAAACGUCAAAGACGACUAUUUGCAAAUACUCGUUGAAGAGUUUAUGCGGGGCAACAACGGGCACAGUAGUUCCUUGGAUGCUCCUAUCACAAACCAGGCUUUAUCAGGACACAAUGUUUCCUCCACCGUGGCUCCGCCCACCGAUUCCGACGGCACGGACACUUGUCCACCUAACGAAGAUGACCCUGAUGCAUGGCGUUGUAUGGAAACCAUGCAGUUAGCAACGGACCGGUGUCCACCUAACGACGAGGACCGAUGGAAUUGUAUGGAAACUAUACAGUUAGAAAGGGACCGUUGUCCACCGAAUGAAGAGGACCGAUGGAAUUGUAUGGAAACCAUACAGUUAGACGCAGAACAGCGUCGUGCUCAUUCCAACCACAGGGAGGCGCACUCGGCCCCCACCUGGCACACAAAGUGGAUCCCUUGGAUUGAACGCAACAAAUAUAUGUUGCGCGAGUGCACGACGCAGCCGUGGUUUUUGCAAUUAAAAGCGGAUUGGAAACAAUACCUGCGCGAGCACAUGGCGGCACACCAGCAUAACGCGCAGCGUGCCCUCGGUGAGCGUGGCCAUAUCCCAUCCGUAGAGAUGAAGAAACUGCGGUUGUGGAAAGCAUGGGUUGCAACACAGAAUAAACGCACGGAUACAUACAGUGAGCAGGCGUGGUUUCAACAUUUGUUGAAUAAUGUACAGGAGCAGACAGAAUCGCACAAAUGCGCAGUACCUGUAGUGGGACAGGACUUAGAAGUGGAACAUGCAAUUGGCACAGAAGAUGUUCUAAGAGUGAGGGAUGUACCACGGUCGCAACCACUGCAUCAGGACGCACAUACAAAGAAACACGACAUUGCCAAAUUGUGGAUGCUCCUUCUCGCGUCCGUAAUCGAACAAUGCGAGCUCGAAUGUCGUUUGCAGCAGACGGAGUUGUAUGUGGAUGACCUAUUGGAGCAACUGUGA